GUGAACACAUCCAAGGGCUGAGUCUCUUGGCCAUGUCCUAAUUUCGCCUCACCCUCCCCCGCCUUCUCCUCAUUACACCAUCAUUAACAUCCUACUUGGUAAGUCACGUCCAGCUGUUCCACUUUGGCCACCGAUACACCACCAAUACCAGGCCAUUCGACCACUAAGUGAUGGUGACGUCACCACGGCACUUGAGCCAGGCCAGAUGCCCUCUCCCGUCAAAUUCCAGCAAACGGUUGGCGGUUCCGUCCCGAGGCGCCGCUUUCGGCAUCAUCCACCAUCCCGCAUGCCACGUGUCGCUACGCCCUGUUUUGACACCUCACGCCAAUCCCAUCAUUGUCGGCAUCGUCACAGUCAAUGUUAUCACCUCCGCGAGCCCACAAUCACGGUGUCAUACUGCCUCCCUGUCCUUACCACUUGAUAUAUGUAGUUUUUUUUUAUUUCCUACAGAGUGCAAACAGAAGGUGAUUACAUUGCCUCCAAAGGUUUUACCGGAAGAAGUAUCUGGCACAACGGGUUUAUACGAGUUGCCCGCUUCCAUCACGCAGCUACGUCCAAGUGUAGUUUCCAUCGAGUCGACCGAAGGCGUUCCCGUUGUUUCGGCCAAUGAGUUGCACAUAACGGAAAUUGCACCCAAUAGCGUCAAGGUCUCGUGGGUGGUUGAUCCGAACGUAUUUGACCAUUUCAUUGUGCAGUACACGCCUACUGCCAGUACUGAGAAACCAUUGGAGAAAAGAUUACCCGGUCAAGUCUCCAUGGUAGAUCUGCUAGACUUGACUGAAAAUACAGAAUACACCAUUAAGCUGAUCGGUUACAGGCGGAAAACGCCCUCCAAACCUUUGAUGGCGCUGGUGACAACAGACAUAAAAGUGGUGACGUUAAUGCCAGAUGUGUUAAUCGAGCAAAUACCAGGCACAACAGCUGGAUACAUAUUACCUGAGACCACCAAAUAUGUCCCUUCAAAGGAAGUUUCAGUUCGGUCAGAAUACGGAGCUCCCACUGAUUCAGCCGAUGAAUUGCACAUAACGGAAAUCACAUCAGACAGUAUGAAAGUAUCUUGGGUGGUAAAUACAGAAACAUUCGACCACUUCAUUGUUCAAUUCAAACCCAGUGACAGUCUGGAAAAGCCAUUCGAUAAAACGAUACCCGGUCAAGUUUUUACGGUAGAUCUGGUGGACCUUAAUGAAGAUACAGAAUAUGUCAUUAUACUCCUCGGAUCGAGAGGUGGGAAAUUAUCAAGGCCACUUGUGGCUCAAGCUAAAACAGGUAUUUGUUACAUCACUUGUUCUUUUAAAGAGCUUGUUGUAUAUGAAAUGUAUGAAUACAAUUGACAUUAUCUCAAUCCAGUAGAGGAAUACUAUGCAUGUGUCAUUUUCAUUCUUGGUUUAAACAAGUCUCAACUGUGUCGGCAUGAUAGAAUUGUAAUAUGAAUUAUAGACAAGGUAUUACUUGAUUCAACCAAACAGAUUAGACGUAAUUUCCUCGAAAUUGUAUUGAAUCUGGACACGAAAUUUGCAUGUACCAAGUGCACCUCGUGUAAUACUUUUGUGAAGGAUGUGAUCCCUGACAUGCAAUACCCCGGUUUCUACAAACUAAGCUGUGUCUGCGGCAGUAGUUACAUUGGGGAAACUUAGCGACAUGUUUCGGACCGUGUUCGUGAACAUAAGGCAGAUCUGAAACACGGUAGGACCAAUACCUCGGCCGUGGCUGAUCAUUGUUUCAACGCUGUGGGCACACACGAAAUUGAUUUUUCCUAGACGAAGGUACUCUGCAAACCCACUGGCUUUCAGCAAAGAUUGGUUCAUGAAGCCAUCCAGAUAUAUAAACACAAACACAAUUUCGACCGAGAAGAAGAUAAAUACAAACUGAGCAAUCAUUGGAAGGACGUUAUUAACCAGUUUAAGUCA